AUGCCCGAGACUAUCGAAGCAAAUUUCUCGGAGACGAAGACAGCACCGUCGAUGGCGACUACGGGGACCAUCAGCGAUCCCUUGUCGUUAUCAUCAUCCGUCCUGAAACAGGUGACGGUGAGCGUGAUGCUUCGGCGGUACUUGGAGGCCCCGGCCUCUGAAGAUCCAUACUACCCGCCGUUCUACGGGCGCGAAGCUCGUGAGGUACAUCGGAGCCAACUGGAGAGGAAGUUGACUGAGGCUGAGGCGGUGUUGGGGAAGAAGUCGAAGCGUGCAUUUGAGGUGCUACACCGAUCACUGUUCCACAGCGAAUCACUUCCUUCGCCUCAGCUGUCCGCCACAAUUCCUCUCCCAACCCACGAACCCAGACUCACCCAGGUCCCCGCGACAACCCCCGCCUCCACCAUCCUUGAGAUCCUCCUCCGAGAAGGCGGCCUCAUCGUCGAACAAAUCGUCAAUCAUUCCGUCCUCGACGCUGUCCAGGACGAAUUACAGCCCCGCAUCCGCGCUAAGAGACACACAGGCGGAGCCUUCUCGGCCAACGCGCGCUAG